AACUUGGAAUGGUCCUUUAGUAGUCAAACAUAAACUCCAAGUAACAAAAAUUUCACCUGGUUCGCUUUGUAAAGUUUGAUGCUUGAAAUCUGGCGCUUAUACAAAGUUGUGCGUCCCACUUUCUUUGUCAUGGCCCUGUUGGAUAUAACUGGUUUUGAAACUGUGAAUAGUCUAGGAAAAGAUCCUGAAUCAAGAAAUGUGUGUACUCAUCUUUCGGAGGUUGAUCUUUACCGGAGUCGAAAAACUGAGAACUACCUACAACCGAUAGAAUAUGGGAUACAGUGCAAAGAAACGAAGAUUAAUUUUUUACACGGUACCACUACUCUUGCACUCAAAUAUUCUGGUGGCGUCAUCGUUGCAACAGACUCGCGUGCAACAGCUGGAUCAUAUAUUGCCUCUGGUACUACUAAGAAAAUAAUCGAGAUCAACAAGUAUCUCCUUGGAACCAUGGCUGGAGGUGCCGCGGACUGCCAAUUCUGGGAGCGCGUUUUGGCUAAGCAUUGCAGGUUGUUUGAGCUGCGAAAUAAGGAAAGGAUAUCCGUCGCCGCCGCGUCAAAGUUGUUGGCCAAUAUGGUCUACAAUUACAAAGGAAUGGGUCUCAGUAUUGGUACAACUAUUGUGGGUUGGGACAAAAAUGGACCUGGUAUAUAUUAUGUUGAUACUGAUGGCAACAGAACCCCUGGAAACCUGUUUUCUGUGGGAUCGGGAAGUCCCUAUGCCUAUGGUGUUUUAGAUACUGGUUAUAAAUACGAAAUGAAUGAUGAAGAUGCGUAUGAACUUGCUAGGCGGUCAAUAUUUCAUGCAACACACCGCGAUGCAGCGUCUGGUGGAUUUGUUAACCUGUAUCACAUGAAAGAAGAUGGUUGGAAGUUUAUUGGGAUCUAUGAUGUUGGAGAACUCUACUACAAAUAUAUGUCAAAAUAAACUUUGAUACAAUAAUAAAGACUUUUCAUUCUUG